AUGGUGGAAUCAAAUUAUACAUCAAGAUUUUUCAUCCAUGAGCAAGUCCAAGCCAUAACCACCUUAAGAAGUGGUAGAGUAGUUGACAACAAAGUCAAAUUGCCACCAAGUGAAAAACGUGAUCUGGUGCAACCACAUGGUUGUCCAUUACCCAUUCUAAAAUCCAUUCCUACUCCUCUGAAAGAAAAUGAUCCUGUUAAGAAGGACAUUCCAUCAUCAUCAUCUCCCUCUCCAUUAGAGAAAUCAUAUGAGCCUAGGGUUCCAUUUCAUCAACCUUUGAAAGAUUCUUCUCCUUUUGGGAGACAACAAGGAAAAAUUCAUGAUAUGAUGGAAGUUUUUAAGCAAGUUAAAAUCAACAUUCCUCUUCUUGACGCAAUUCAUCAAAUUCCACCCUAUGCCAAGUUCAUGAAGGAUUUGUGUACUCAAAAGAGGAAGUCCAGGAGUCAAGCUCCAAAGAAUAACACUCCUCAAAAGUUCAAGGAUCCAGCGAUCUCAAGCCUACAUCAGAAGUUCUUCAACUUACCGAUAGGUCUAAAAAAACAACCUAGGGGAAUUAUUGAGGAUAUCCUCAUCAAAGUGGAUAAAUUUUGCUUCCCGGUUGAUUUUGUAGUUCUUGAAACCAAACUGGUGCCCAAUCCUAUAAAUCAUAUCCCAAUUAUCCUAGGUCGACCAUUCCUUGCCACCGUCAAUGCCACAAUUAAUUAUGAAUCGGGCAUUAUGGAUAUCUCAUUUGGCAACAUGAUGGUCAAGCUUAAUGUGUUUAAUGCAAGCCAACAUCUCAUAGAUGAAGGUGAGUGUUUCCUAGUCGAUGUUUUGGAUGAUCUUGUGUAA